ACCCAAACCCUAGAUAAAACAACAACAAACCAUAAAAAUUGCCUUAAAAAGGGUUCCUUUUGCUCAAUCUCCGUCAAUUUCAUAAACCCUAGUUUGUUACCAAAAAUGGAAGAAGAAAACAACAAAGAUGAAAUCAAGAAGACAGUGACAGAGAUACUGAAAACUUCAGACAUAAAUGUAAUGACUGAAUCCAAAAUCAGAAAAUUAGCUGGAGAAAAACUUGGGUUUGAUUUAUCAGGUAAACAAGAGAAGAAAUUUAUUAGGGAAAUUGUUAAUGAAUUUCUCGUUCAGAAAGAAGAAGAAGUUCAAGAAAAAGGAAAACAACAAGUAGAAGAUGAAGAAGAAAAGGAGGAAGAAGAAGAAGAAGAGAAGGAGAAGAAAAGACCAAGGGUUUCUGCUAAAGAAUAUGAAGAUAAUGGUGAUCUUAUUAUUUGCCAGCUAUCGAGUCGAAGGAAGGUGACAAUUCAAGAGUUUAAAGGGAAGGCGUUGGUGUCAAUAAGGGAAUACUAUGAAAAAGAUGGAAAGGAGCUUCCUUCUACUAAAGGGAUAAGCCUAACAGCGGAACAAUGGUCUACUUUCAGUAAAUCCGUCCCUGGAAUUGAGCAAGCCAUUAAGAAGAUGCAGACAAGGUCUCGGUAAAACAAUGCAGACGAGGUUAUAUUAAAUACCAUAUCCACUCCUGGUCCUUUAAUUCGAAACUCAAGCCGGACUUAUUUUGUUUAAUCAGUUCCAAUUUGCACGUGAAGUAUAGGCCUAAAAUUUUCUGCAACUUUGCAAAGUUUUUGGAAUGUUCUCCGGCUGUCGUGUUUUUCCUUUUAUUGGGCUGUUGGCCUUUUUGAUGUAAAAGGAGUAGUUCUUGUGAUAUUAGAGUUUGCUGUAAAACUUUCAGGGAACUAGUUGGAUUCAAUACUUAUCAUAUUUCUGCAGUAAAAAAA